AUGUCAUUCUGGCUUGAUUCUCAUCAAUAUUCAAAGAUUGCACAAGAAGAGACACAGGGUCAACACGAUGAACGACAUUGGUACAAGCGAAAUUGGAAUCGUGCAAAGGUUCACGUCAUUUACACUCUACUCCUUGUCUUCGUCGCCGUAGUCAGCAAUAACGCCUCCCGGCUCAACAGCGACAGUGCGUUAUACGGCGAAGAGCCCCUACGGGAAGAGAUGCGUCUGAAGACCGCCCCUCAAACAUUCCUCCUUGAUCUGACUUAUGCGAUGCCUCCAUCGCCAAAGGUCGACAAGGCUUGGUCAUCCCUCCUCCCCGAACGAGGCGGCUUCUUUACACACCCGAAGAUUGCACCGAAAGAGAGCUGUCUGGCUGUAUUUCAUCAAAUCCACUGCCUUGACAUGCUUCGUCGGGCGCUCUACGAAACGCGUCCAGAUAUAAUGGGCCAAGACAGAAACAAGUCGGACACAGCAUCGUCGAGCCAUGGGAGACGGGACAAGGCGACAGAAAUCAAUGGGGCGCAUGACAUGUAUCACCUGGGGCACUGUUUUGAUCUUUUGCGCCAGGCCAUCAUGUGCAAGCCGGAUUUGACGAUUGAAAUUGCGAACACCACACUCAAUGGUGUCACCGGCUUUGGCACAGAGCAUCAAUGCAUAAAUUGGAAAGAGUUGAUGAAUUGGAUGAAGGUGUUUGAGUGA